UUCAGGGUAACUUUGAACCAUUGGGGUUAACUUUGCACCACCCUUCAAAUUUCAUUCCCUUUGUGUAACACAAAAUAUACAUUUACUAUUAUUUCUCUUUGGUGGUUGUAUACUGAAGCUUGGUUCUUGUUCUAUUAUUAAAAAUGUAAGUUGGUUAGACUGGAGUCUAAAUAUUUUUUCAGUCACUUGUUAUCUAUGGUAUUGUUUUGGUGUGUCUUUUAGAGUUCUAUUUUCAAGUUGAUGAUAAAGAUUAGGCCAAAAUGCCAAAAGUGAAACCUGGUGGUUCAGUCAGCCCAGGAGUACGACGAUAUGGAACCAAGAGUCGCUACACAACAGAGGAACUGGAGAGGAUCCUCAGUGACAUAAAAUGUGGCAAAAUCAGUCAACGAGAAGCAUCAAAGUUGUACAACAUCCCAAGAAACACAUUGAGGAAUAAACUAUUAGGACAACACAACAAGAAAGUAGGAAGACCAACAAUAUUCUCAAAGGAGGAAGAACUGUUUUUCAUUCAACACAUUCUGUACCUUAGUGAUGAAGGCAUUCCAAUAUCUCUGUUUGAUGUUCGGUGUGUUGUAAAAUGCUAUCUGGAUACCCAAAACAGAAAAGUGCAACAAUUCAAGGGGAAUAUGCCGGGUUGGGACUGGAGUCAGUCAUUUUUGGAACGACACAAAGCUGCUCUGAAACAGAGACUCGAAACAAAUAUCAGCAGAAGACGGGCACAAGUGAAUGAAGAGACAUUAAAUGAAUUCUUCAACAAUUUUGAAGGUGAAGUUAGUGAAGUUUCAGCAUGUAAUAUUUACAAUUAUGAUGAAACUGGCUUCCACGAUAACCCCAGUAGAAGAAAACUUCUGUUUCGCAGAAGCUGUCGUCACCCAGAAAGAAUACGCAAUUCUACGAAGAGUUGCUACACUGUUGUAUUUUGUGGAAGUGCUGAUGGCAAUUUCAUUCCACCUUAUGUCAUAAUGAAAGGUACUCAGAAAUGGUCUGACUGGGUGUAUGGUGCACCGGAAGGAACACGUCUGAACACAUCAAAAUCAGGUUGGAUCGACAACAAAGUUUUUGAUGAUUGGUUUGAAUACCAUUUCCUUCCUAUUGCAAAGACAAAACCUGGAAAAAUUAUACUUAUUGGUGAUAACAUGUCUGCACAUCUGUCCAUUUACACACUCAAACUUGCAGCAGAAAAUGAUGUCAGGCUAUUGUUUUUUCCACCAAAUUCCACUCACUUACUGCAGCCACUUGACGUAGCAUACUUCUCUAGUCUGAAAACAUACUGGCGUCAAGUUCUAUCUAGUUGGAGAGAAACUAAAGGUGGGAAAAAAGUGGUGGCAUUACCAAAAGCAGUCUUCUGCCAGCUAUUGAAGGCUACACUUGAAAAGGGGCAAGAAACAGGAUGUAACAACUUGAGGAAAGGAUUCGAGUGUUCAGGACUAAACCCGGUAAACAGAGACAAAGUUCUACAGAAACUUCCAAUGUAUGCCCGAACUACUGACGAAGUACGAGAAGAUGUUGGAAAUGAGUUCAGAAAAUACAUCGAGUCAGUAAGAACAAAUGAUUUAAGCGCUGUUCACAGAGCUAGAAAGUUUUGCUUGCCAGUGAGAGCUGGCAAGAGUGUUUCUGUAGAGGAAGUUGAAGCCUACUAUGCAAACAAAGAAACGGAGGAAAAACAGAAAAUGACUAGCAAAGGAAGAGGUGGAGCAAGAACUCGAGGAGGCAGAUUAAAGUCAUCUUCAGUUAGAACACAAGGAGGACGUUUGCAGAGUAGAAAUGACUUGUUCAUUAGAAAUUUCAGACGGAAAUCCAUCUAAUGCUCCUGUUACUUCUGCGCAGGAAAGCACAGAAGUAAUGUUGGACCACAGUGAUGUAGUAGCAGAAGUGGAGAACACCAGUCAACUGGCAUAUGCGAUUAAUGAACCAUCAACUUCUAUUGCCACAAUAGUAAUUGAGCAUCAGGCAGUAGGUGAAAAUAUUUCUCACACAGAACUUGCAAGUGUUGCGAGUUUACCUUCUAACAUAUACAGUGUUGAAGACUAUGUUGUUGUCCAUUAUGAGGGGGUACUUUAUCCAGGGCAGAUUAUUAAAUUAGAGAACAAUUUGUGCAUGGUUCGAUGCAUGGAGAAGUCUGGCAUCAAUUGGAAAUGGCCUAAAAAUAAUGAUGAUUUGUGGUAUGAAAAAACUGAUGUUUUUAAAAAAUUGUCCCCACAGUGUAUAACACCUGCAAGUAAUCGUGGAGUUUUUCAGGUUACUGAUCCCUUGCUUUGUGCUAAAGUGCUUUUUUAACCAAAAAACUUAACUGAAAAAAUGUUUGUUUUUUUAGUUAUACUUCUGUAGUAGAGCACUUAGUUAUAGUCAUUUCAAAUGUUAAAUUAAAUGCUACAUUUAGUAUUCUAUCAAAACAUUUUUGUUAAUUUAUUCAGGUAAUAUUAUUUAUGUAUUUAUUUUAUCAAUGUGGUCUGUGUUAUGUAGAAACGUUUGAAGAUUGUUUUUUUUAAUCACUUUUCAGUGUUUUUCCGUACAAAAAAUUACACUUUAAUACUUAAACUUUAUUAUUUCUCUUUCUCAUCAUUGCCCAUUAUAAUACAUCAACAUCUAAUUUUAAAAGUGCAUUAUAUUAAUUGUUGGAAACUGUUGGCCUAGAUUUUUAGUGUAUGUUGUUUGUUUCUUCCAGUGGUGCAAAGUUAACCAGACUUCUAACUUCCACAAAAUAAUGCAUUUCUCAUGGGAAAAUGUUCCCUGGUUCAAAGUUACCCUGAUUGUCAGUGUAACUUUGCACCACGAUAAAAUUGAAAUUUUUGCUAUAUAAUUAAUAACUUAUUGCAUUCUUAGCAACAUGUAACUAUUAUUUAGGAGUACUACUUCCAUUUUAUACCUUUUACCAUACGAAUACCAAAACAACACAAGUUAGACAACUGUUUAUAGACAGAAUGUGGUUCAAAGUUACCCUGAAUGACUGUACUGACAAUAACUCAAUUUUAGUUACAGGAAAUAUGAAAAUAGAAGACGAUGUAUAGGUUGUGCCAGAAAUGGAGGCUGUAUUGUACACAUUAUUAUUAAUAAUCUGAUGAACACGGAGUUGGUUAUGCACUAUUUUAUAAAAAUAUUCACUAAACUCAUUAGAAACAAAUCUUUGCUCUUCUGGUUUUGAACGACAGUAUCUUACUGCACAUUUUCGCUCAUAGGCAUAUCGUCCAGACAUUAUUAUCUUUCCACGUUUUCUUGCUAACCAAAUAUUUUAAAAUGAUUUCUAAUUUACCAGAUGCAAGUUGUUGUUUACCACUUAAACACAACAUGGCGCCAGCAAGUCAACCCUUGCGAGUCAAAUAAAUAUCCUACUCAUUUUAGCGGAGUAUUUUCAAAGCAAAUUAUUUUUAUUAUAAUACUGAAUAAUUUUAAAAAUUGAUGUAGAAACUUCGUUACAACUACAAGUAGCUAUGCUAUACUUGUUGAAGUCUUUAGUGUGAUUGUGUGAUAUUGCAUUUAGCGCGGUCACCUGUAUCAUGGCGAAUGACGAACUAACAAAAAAAAAGGGUCCAUCAUAAAAAAAAAGCCUGUGCAACGAUUUCCUAUUCCAGUUUCCUCCCCAUGCUUCUCAUGCUUGUUUUCGUUUGUUGAUGUUUACAAGUACGACGCGAAGAUCACACGAUCCACUCUCGAAUCACUCGUUCACAAGUUAUAAUUUUGCCGAUGUUCCAAAAGAUAUAACUUGACGUCGUCCGGGCCUGCGGCCCCUUUGAGCCCGAUAUGACACCGCCCAACCACCAUCUCUAUUCAAACCUCCCGCUCGUGCGUGCGUGUGUGCGUGUGUGUCUAGCCCGGCAAGAGGGCGCUUAGAAGCAGUGCGGCGACCCCUAAAAUUGCUACAUUUAAUAUUAAUUGUAAACCUUUUUGUUUGUUUUCAUCCGCCUUUGCCCCAGUGCUGUGCAAUCUAUUUGUGUUUCUUUAAUUUAAAUAUGUUACUUGAAAUAACCACAGACGUUGCCCGGGCGGACCCGAACAGGCACGGACUUGGACGAGGGUAGGAAUGUUUUUAUAUAAAUUAUCAUUAAAUAAGUAACUAUUAACAAACUUUAAACUAUCAGUAAUUUUUAUAUAUUUUUUAAUGUUGAUCUGUAAUUUGCUUAACUUUCGCCGGGGCACGGAAUCGUAGGAUAUAGUAACGGUAAUUGUGUUGGCGCGAAGGGCGCCAUGUUGCCACCUGCGAGCGAUGAGCUCACCCCAGUCCAUCUUCAUCACUGACCGAGAGCAGACGCGCCAGCACCCCGGGGACCUCAACCUUUGUUCAUCACUGACCAAGUAAUUUCUGUAUCGUUAAUUCUUUUUAAAUCGCUUUCGUUCGUCAUCCUCGGGGCAGCUCUCGGUCAGCGGGCUGUUUAAUUAAUUAAUUGCCUCAGUCGAGUAAUCGUGUAAUAAGUAAAUUUUGUAGCAUGGCCACGUGUGUGGACCAUGCCUUCACCUAAGUCGAUUCGUGCCUCAGGCUUUUUCUACCGUGAAACGUGUAACGGACGUGGAGAUAACGUGUUAGUGAAAUUAAAUCUGGGAAUGAAUAUAAA